GAAGAGACAUUAAAGCAAGGCAUCUUGCCAGCUACAACUACAACCGAUGAAGCAAAGCCAAAUUUUCUGCUCCUGCAACCUGUAUAUAUAAGACAAGCCCGCAAGGCACAAACAAGAAGGAAGGGAAGCUCUACCCCGUGUUUGCUUAUCCCUGGAGCAAAAGACCAGCCAAGCAAAUUAUAUACUGAAGGAAAAGCUCUUCCAUGGGUUCCAAGGACGAUGCACCAACCUGGGCGGACCAGUGGGGCUCUGGUGACAACGGAAGCCUCAAAAGAGCCGGCGGCAACGGCAGCAGCAUCAACGCAAAGGCGGAUAAGAAGACGGUCACCGGCAACGUGAAGGCGGCAGCGUCAGAGGGAUUCAUCAAGGCGAAGGCGGCCGCGCUGGUCGGAGCGCAGAAGGUGAAGUCCGGGACAAGCAGCGGCAUCAAGUGGGUCAAGGAGCAAUACCAGAAGAGGACCUCCAAGUGAGCUGAUAGCCUGAUACAAUGUCAUGUCAUGUACUUCUCAUUCACGCCGUAGUGAAGUUGAUAAGAGCAACAUAUUAUCUCUCGGGUGUGGACUUGUGGUUCAUUAGGGUGAGAUUUUGAUGAACUUCCUUGUUUUUAACGCUAAACUAACGAUGAAAAUAUAAGGUAGGGACUCCUCUGCCUUUUGCUUCAAACAA